AUGAAGUUCCAAGGGGUAGAUACACCAGACGGGCCUUUUGUGGAUCUGUGGGGCCCCGUGGCGGGGACACGUCAUGACAGCUUUAUUCUAGCGCAGUCUGGGUUGAUGGAGAAGUUGUCGAUGCUAAACAGCCCUACAGGCCAUCCGUUCUGUUUGUACGGAGAUCCGGCGUAUGGACUGAGCAACCACCUUGUCUGUCCUCUUAGCGCGUCUAGUGUCGGCCCUCUCACGCCAGAGAUGGCCGACUUCAACAAGCGUAUGAGCCACUGCCGCGUAACGGUGGAGUGGGGAUUCAAAGAGAUGACCGGCAAGUGGGCCUUCGUGAACAUGAAGCCGCAGCAAAAAUUCUUGCUGAGCCCUGUCGCCAAGCAUUACCGGGUAGCCACUCUGCCUUCAAAUUGGCACUCAUGCAUGAACGGAGGCAACGAGAUUGAUUUCGCAAUACUUUGGCGUGGUGCCACCCACUUUCGAGAGUUACGUAGCGGUGUAAGUGCAAGAUGCACCCACGUGUGUGAGCAUUUUAUCCGUCUUCGGUGUUCCAGGCGUAAACCAACACAAACAACCGUUUGCUGGCGGGAGAAAGUCGCGCGCGACACACUUUCCAAUUUUAUGUGA